AUGACGUCACUUCACCCUAAGCACAGCACACGCAACGGGGCACAGCAUCAACGCCCUCAAUCACCGCCGGUUCGGGAGUGUUGGUUUUUUCAGAGUCCGAAGUCGAGGGCCGGAAGUGCACUUGGCACUCGCGAAGGAUGCUCGUUCGGGCGACACUGGCACUGCCCGGCGGGAGGACCUGUCGGCAUGGCACGGCACAGCACGGCCUACCACGGGCACGGAACCCCUAGGAUCGCGGCCAAGCGGAAGGUGGUUGCAGGGGGAGGGAGGGGGGAGGGAGUCACCGAGGAGCGACGCACAUCCUCACUCGACAACGUCCGCGGGCACACUGGCUCUCUUCACGCAGCUCGCUCGCUCGCCCUCCAGCUCGCCGCCCACCGCUCUCGCCCUCCAAACCGCCCACCGCUCUCGCCCUCCAAACCGCCCACCGCUCUCGUCCUCCAAACCGCCCACCGCUCUCGUCCUCCAAACCGCCCACCGCUCUCGCCCUCCAAACCGCCCACCGCUCUCGCCCUCCAAACCGCCCACCGCUCUCGCCCUCCAAACCGCCCAUCGCUCUCGCCCCCAAACCGCCCACCGCUCUCGCCCUCCAAACCGCCCACCGCUCUCGCCCUCCAAACCGCCCACCGCUCUCGUCCUCCAAACCGCCCACCGCUCUCGCCCUCCAAACCGCCCACCGCUCUCGCCCUCCAAACCGCCCACCGCUCUCGCCCUCCAAACCGCCCACCGCUCUCGCCCUCCAAACCGCCCACCGCUCUCGCCCUCCAAACCGCCCACCGCUCUCGCCCUCCAAACCACCCACCGCUCUCGCCCUCCAAACCGCCCACCGCUCUCGCCCUCCAAACCGCCCACCGCUCACGAAACCCACGAAACCUCCCACUCUUCUCUUGCCCACUUCCCUCGCCCUCCAACUCACUCACCUCUCUCACCCACCUUUCCCCCACCCCUCUUGCCCACCUCUUCCCCCGGCUCUCUCGCCCACACCGGGAAGUGGAUAUUUCAAGUGAGGAGCAUGAAAGCUUUCAUUACACCAAACAGUUACCAGACGACUAA